UGAAAAGGGUCCAUACCUGCCAUGCGAUACGGAGUGCUCGCGCAAGCCAACAUGCCGACUGCCCAAAGAUGGCGCCACUGCGUAGCGAUAUGGCGGCGUAUAUGAAGAAACGGUCUACAGAGGAACACUAUUUGGCCACGCGCUCUCGUGCCCCGCAAUAUCUUGUGCCCCAGUGUACGUAACAAUGGAACAAGCCCGAUGUAUUUGCACCUGCUGCUGCGGAAUCGGCGGUAGACAUAUGGAACGGCUGUCGCCGACGAUAACGAAGCACUCGCCGCGUUGCGAACCUCAUGGUGCGACAAGUGUUCGGCAUUGAACGCGAUUGUGGGUGCAGGGCUCAUUUUAUCUCUCGUUGACGUUACUCUAGCCGAAGUGUACGUGACCUCUAAGUAGCGAUAAGCUCGGUAAAAAAAAGCCACCGCACUCUUGUAUGGGCGUAGGAUUCGUGCCUGAAGACACCGCCAUGCCGGAUCACGGACCGGGACGGGUGCACCGUUUUCGCGACCACGUCGUCUCCGGCGUCAACUGGCGACCGACCCGGUUCCUCGACGAGGUUCCCAGUUCACGUGUAUGCAGCCUCUGCCGCAUGAUCCCAAAACGGACGGUGCUGUUGCCGUGCGGUCACGCUCUGUGCCAAUCUUGCCACGCAGCCAGUCUCGAAGGCGGCGUUGGGCGGUGUCCGUUGGAUCGAGAGCCAUUCGAAGAAGAGGAGUGCGUCGGUUAUGUAUUCCCUACCAGGAAAGCAAACGCCGUGAUGGUGUACUGCUGGAACGAAGCGCACGGCUGCGAGUACACGGGCACCAUGGACCGCAUGCUGCAGCACUACGAGAACGAAUGCACAUUUCACACCGUGGACUGUUUGCGAUGCGGCGAGAAAGUCCAGCACAAAGACCUACCAACGCACUACGCGGCCGGAUGCAGGGCCGGUGUUCCUUCCGCGAUCACAGAGUCCUCGGAGCAUACAGCACUGACCCUUGCAGGCGUGAAGGCCAUGUUGGGAUGCCUCAAUCACGACCAGCUGCUGCCAGUGAUUCAGAGUCAGUUGAAUAAUCUUACAGAACAAGUCAGAAACCAGGAAGCCAGGUUCGCCGAGAUUACUCGCGAGCUCGGAGUAUGCGAGCAUAAUUUAAAGGGUGAGACGGCUCAAAUGACCCCCACGAUUUCAUCGAACGUGUCGCACCAGCGGACGUCUCAGCAAAAUCCAUUGGAGCAAGCGAGCACGUCGAGGUCGCUGUCGUUGCGCUCGGAACAAGAUCUGAUACUUCGAAAGUUGGAACACUUAGCCCACCUGGAACACUCGCGGAAAACUUCCCCGAAGCCUGAUUCCAGCUCUGUCAUUGCUCAUUGUGAGACUUUGUACGGUGACGUUCGGCAUUUGACCAGUGCGCUGUCGACACCCGAGCGGAUGAAAAAAAUUGGGUGGGCGAGUUAUCUGCUGACCCUAGAAAACUGUGAGGAAAUCAUUCAGUGUCAUGGACACGUGAAAAAGUUUGCUGACAUUAUGGUGUGGCACAUGAGGGACACGUACUUUACGAUUGCCGCUUCGAAGUACGGCGCUACUUGUGCAUCUACCCUCGUUGUGGAGAUCGAGUUUAACGGCAUGCUCGUGGACUCUCACUGUUGGCCGCCUUUCUGGAGCGUGUACGCGGUGGAUAAAGUAACUUCCAAUGAACGUUCGUUGGCUUCCUGUGCCAGCCAAUGUUGCUGCAACCGCGAUGAUCCCUCAUUGCUACACUUCCACCUCCAAUUUCAUAUAGACAUUGCCUGGCUGAAAAAUGAAGGCUGCCUACGAGACGGAAAGGUAGCGUUCCGUAUCUCGCUCAGCGAUAAAGAUAUAGAAGAUAGGAUCAGAGGGGUACCCUAACGUUCGUCAUCGCACAAUGUGUAUUGCACUGGAGAAUCCUCCUUGCCCCUUCCCCAUAUCUGCCACAGGAGCUUAAGGAAUUUUUGAUCUCCUUGGUCUUAAAUAAAGUGGGCUCUGGGAAAUUUCUUUUUUUUAUAUUUGCUAUCCUUUGUAGCUGUCAAACUAUUGUUUUCUGACUUUCUUGGCUGUUUGUCUUGUUUAUUUCUUGUGCAAAUACAGUUUUUGUUCCUAAA